AUGGAGUCUUUCCUCUUGGAUGACAUCGGCUCCAUGAUACAGAACAAGGCCAUUGAGAGAAUCAUCUCACCAAUGACUGUUCAGCUUUGCCAUCUGAUCAUCUCAGUGGAGAGGAAAGACAUGGACAAUGAAGUAUUUGCCUCUUUGGAGAAGAUGGCGGAGGAAUUGGCUCAAGCUAGUGAAGACUUUGUGCAAAUUGCCCAAAGGCUGGCGGGAGACUCUGAGGAAGUGUGGCUCCAGGAGGAAAUGGGGGUUGCGGCGGAGUCUCUGAUCCUGUCUUCAAGGAAUAUCACGCUGGUAGCUCAGAAGCUCCAUCUUCAGCCGGAAUGUCAGAGCCACCAGGAGGAGCUAGUGACCACAGCUCAGCACAUCCUGGUAGACACCACGAAGGUGACAUCGUCAUCAUUAUUAUUACUAUUAUUAUCUCUGAGAUUCUCUUUAGUCUUUUGGAGGACCUUUAUUUGCAAAAUGGGGGUAAAGCAGCUGCCGUUGCUUUCGCUUCGGCUCCAGAAACGUGUAGGCAUUUUCCAGCUUCUCUUCCCCCGAUUGCCCAAACAGGUCCUGCUGCUAGAAGACGCGGCGACGGCGAGGAAGAUGGUGCGAGCGGCGGGCUGGUGCCUGACUUGCCUGGACGCGCUGGAAGCGGCGGGCGACGCGGCCUCGCUGCGCGGCCCCUUCGCCGACCUGGCGGUGGCGCUGCAGAGCCUGGGCGGCCUGACUGCGUGCGGAUCCGAGGAGCGCCUGGGCCGGGCCAGUCGCCUGCUGCGGGGCUGCGUCCCUGUGCUGCUUGUGGCCGCCCGCGGCCACCUCCGGCGUCCCCGCGACCCGCGGCUGGCCGCCUCCCGGCGCCACGUCUUCGCUCUGGCCAGGAAGACCUUGGGCGAGCUCCUAGGGCGCCUGGAGCCCGGCGCCGCCCCAACGGCCCGCGCCCCGCACGGCGCGCUCCCUCGGAGCCUGCGGCAGCUGCGGGAGCUGCUGGCGGCGCCCGGACCCGAGCGGCUGCGCGGCGGGCUGGACGCGCCGCUGGCGGCCGUGGUCUGGCACUGCAUGCGCCUGGCCGCCUGCUCCCCGCCGCCCGAGCGCCUGCGCCUAGUGGCCCGUUGCCGCCGGCUGCUGGAGCUGCGGAGCGCCGGCGUCCGGCGCCUGGACCCGAUUGACGGGCCUCCGGGGACGGGCGGGAACAGCCAGGAGCCGGGGGAGGAGUGCGCAGCGCUGUGGGCCGCGACUGAGGACCUCUCCCAGGGGGUCCGCACCGGGCUGCUGCGCCAGAUCCUGGACACGUUCACCGACACGCAAAGCCCUCUUCAAAGGCUGGUCCGGGCCGCCUUGGCCACUCCCUCAGUCUCCUCCCGGUGCGAUGGCGAGGCCUUGUCUGAGAGCCUCCAGCUUCUCCUCGCUGCUUUCCACGACCAGGCCAACCGGAUGCUCAGAGUGGCUCACUUGGUCUUGGUUUGCUGCCCACGACAGCAAACUGGCGAAGACAUGGAGGCCACCAUGGCAGGCCUUUGGGGGCUCGUGGUCAGAGUGCGACAGCUUUUCUCACAAGGCCCCCAAGGGUCUGGUCUGGACUGGAGCCCUGCUGCCCUGCAGGCCCUGCUUCGGGAGUGGGCCAGGGCAUCUGAAGGCUUAUUAGCAUGUUUUGAUGAUGUUCUCGAUAUUCCUGAGUUCCUGAGUGUGUCCAUUCAGGAAAUGACCAAGCACUUGGACUUUUUCACAUGGGCUUUGAGGUGUGGAGAUUCCAGAGAGUUUGCUCCACUUGUGGCAUAUUUACAGGGUCGAGGGACACACAUAGUGCAGGUGAUGAGCAGGUAUGUGGACCAAGAUCGAGAUCCUAUUUUCCGGAAUGGCCUGAGAGUCUUGAUCCAGCAGCUGGAGCAAUCCUCCCGGGUCCUGGGUGAGGCUGGGGAGCACUGUUCAGGCGGGCACGGCUCUCGGGACACAGAUGCGCUAUUAACCUUGGCGAAACAUGUGAUCUCUUCAGCUCAGAGCAUCCGAGAGGGGCUGGAUGGAACUAACCACCCAGAUAUCCUCAGUCCCCUUCGGGACCGAGUCCAGAGGUUGGACAUGGCUGAGAGACAGCCUUAUUUCAUUCUCUCCAGCCUCCAGGAUUGCACAGCUCCUGCACUGAAACACCAAAGGGAGCCUGGGUUGAGGAAAAGCGACAAGGGCACCUCCUAUCCACCUAGGGAUCAUCUUUUUUGCCCCUUGAUUUUUGACACCGGUCUACAGAAGGUGGGCUCUCCACUCUCUGCCAUCAGCAAACCCAUGCUUGCUGUAGACAGCCUGAGCCACCAGGGAGUGACCUCGGCUCACACCAUCCUGCAGGACCAGGAUGCAGCUGUGGAGGCAGCUCAGGAGGCCCUGGCUGGAGAGGUACCACUGGGGUCAGAGACGAUGACUGGACUCCAAGAAAUCCCAUCACUAGCACCUUCUAUUAUUGACCUAGCAAGGGAGAUAGAACAUUGCGCAACUGCUAGAACUGACAGGCUUCUGGAAGUGGCUCUCCAACUGUCUGGGAAGUCCAGGGAAACCAGGCAAAGUUUGGUAGCCAUAGCUGGUGACUGGUAUUCUCUGUGUCAACAGCUGUUUUGCAACAACCCAGCAGCUGAUCUUCAAGAGAACAUGACAGUGUUCAUGGAGCUUCAGCAGAACUUAGCCUCAAUGGUUCAACUAGCAGUCAAAAGUGAACCCAUGGAUUCGGGUAAGAAGGAUUCUGACUCAGCUGGGCACCCAGAAGCGCAUUUACAAGUGCAAGGCAGAUUGGAGGAGGCGGAGACCCAUGCCAAACAGCUUUUGGACAAAGUUCUGGCCUCUGAUGGUUUCCAAGCCCCCAGGUCGUGGGAGGAGAGCAUUGAGGAUGGGUGCCUUCUAUGGUCAGUGGCUGUCCAAGACCUGCUCCAGUGCCUGGAGAGGCUCAGCGGGAGACAAGGCCUGUUCCUACUGCCCCUGCGACAGGCUGUGAAGGACCAGCAGGGGCUGCAGGAAGGGUUGGCUCAGGCAGCAGAUGUUUCUCAAAGGCUCCAAGAGGCUGCUAGGCUGUCUUCUCUUCUGUGUGGGGAUGAGCAGGUAAAGAGUGAGAUCUCCUUUCUGUGCAGGGAGGUUCAUGUGCUCACAGAUGCUCUGCUGGAUGUGGCACAGAUCCUGGCCUCCUUCCCCAAACCAUCUCCCAGCCUGUCCACCCGCUUUGAACUUCUCUGCUUGGAGCUCACCCUUCAAGCCAAGGCCCUGACUGGCCACCUCAGCAGCAUCAAUGCAGACUAUGAACGUGUCCUCCAAGGUGCCUUCUGCCCAAGGCUCUCUGUCUGCAAAGACCCCCAGACCCAGCCAGAAGGCUCUCUGGAAAGAAUGGUGUCUGGUAUCCAAGCUGUGCAGGGAAUUGUGGCUGGAGGUCAGGAGUCUGGGCCCUGCCAGGAAGACCUUCUCAUGGCUCUGGAGAGCAUUCUCGUCCUCACCAAGGAGGUAGCCCAGCGGGUCCCUGUGCUCCGAGAAUGCCCAGAGGACUGGCUUCAGCAGGAGUGGGCAGCCAAGGCCCACCAUGCUGUGGCCCAGCUCCAGGCCUGGAAAGGUGGUCACACCAAGGCUUGGAGACUCCUGGCCCAGUGCUUGAAGCCCAGUGAUGAAGAGGACCCCACCCAGCCCCAGCUCCACCGUGGGGAGGGUGCACCAGGAGCCGCUGAAGCCAGCAGUGUAGAUUCCCAGGGUGCUGCUCCAAAAGACACCGCAGGGAGCUCAGCGGGGACCCGCACUCCUGAUCCAGGCAUCACCGGGACAGCCGCAGACCUGGGCACGGUAGGAAUCACCAGGACAGUCGCAGACCUGGGCACGCACCAGCAUAGCGGCACCCCUGGCAGCUCCCCCGGCUGUCCAGCCUGGCCGCACACUGAGGUGGACCUGCCUCUCCCAGAGGAUGGCAGCGUGAACAGUGGGAACAGAAUCACCCAGGUUACCCAGGAGAUGGCCAAGGAGGUGUUCCUGAUGGCACAGAGUCUGAGGAGGAGAGGAUGCAUCCUGACCAAAGAACAGCUCAUUACCUCUGCCAGGAAAAUUGCGACUUCCGGACAAAACUUCGCCAGACUUAUCCGCAUCAUUGCUAAGAACUGUGUAGACCAAAGAUGUUCCCAGGAGCUUCUGUACAUGGUAGAGCAGAUUCAGACAAUGAGCAGCCAGCUCCGCAUCAUCUCCAGAGUAAAGGCCUCCUUGGCAAGAAGCAAGUCCUCUGAAGAGUUCCUGGUGGAAAAUGCACAGCGGCUCCUCCGUGCUGCCUCUAAGACUGUGAGGGCUGCAGAAGCCGCCAGUCUGCGGGGUUUGAGACAGCCUUCCCCAGAUCCGGAGGAACUGGAAGUUGCUGCCUUCUGCAUGCAGUGGAGAAGAAAACUGCGAAGGCACAGACUUCAAGAAACCUCAGACCUCGACUGUGAUGAGCUGGGCCUGCGAAAAACAAGCACUAAAGGGCCCCCGACACUCGUGGCCCUGGUUCAAGAAGCCUUAUAAAAGCUGAGCAAUAUUCUCCAAGUCAGACUCUCUGUUGAUGUGUGCACUGGCCCUGAGACUCUGGGAGCCCAUGGAAUGUGCCUUUUAGGCCGAAUCAGCCUGUGGGGACACAGGGGGACACGGUGGGUUGGGUGGGUGCAGGGCAGCCAGGGCUGGGCCUUGAACAGAGGUAUCCCGACAGUAUUCCCAGUCAAGGGGACAGCUCUGGGCCCCUGGUGAGACUGCUAUCUUCCUGGGAAGGAUACUUAGCUUUCUGGGUUUAGAAGGAACAUCACACAUAGACUGGGCAAGGAUGGGGUAAAAAACACCCAAGCCCUAUUAGCUUAAGCCUAUAUUAAGAUGUUGCAAUGUGAAAACAGUCCCAGCACGUUCUACAGGGAUCCAGGAACUGAAAGAUUUAUGGAUUAGAUUGGUAGUCAGUCAGAGUUCACCUUGCUUGAAUAACUUGGCACUGUUCAAAUUUUCAAGGUGUGAGGAAACUGAAGAUGUGCUACUUGGGGAUACAGUGCAGGAGCUGCAAGUCUGAAGGCCCUGAGCUGUGAUUUGGUGAAUCUGGGUUUAGCAUCUGGGAUGGAGAGGAACAGUUGGGCAUUAAGGUCUUGGAGAGUCAGUGGAAAUUUUUCAGUUCUCAGGAUCUUUCACAAAACCUAUUUGGUAAAGGAAUGAGGAGACCAGUGACCUUCACCUCAGGGGUUGAACUGCAUGGGCCAAAAGUGGAGAACUGGGUCUGGAGGAGGGGAAUGUAGACAGGGACUGGGUACGUGGUCUCGGAGCAGGGAUGCCCUGGGGGCUGGGGCCUUGCUUGUUUGGGGGACAUCGUGCCACCCUCUUAUAUUCUGGUACAGCCCAUAGGGAGGAGGGCUGACACUAGAUGAGGCAGAAUUUCCCACAACCCAGUGGGAUUGUGGUUCAGAUUUACAGUAAAUAAAGAUAGGGAUUUCUUUCCACUUUAAAAAAAAAAAAAAACAGAAUACAAUGUGAUGUUUUGCCUUGUAUACACCCAUUAAAUCAUCACUACAAUUGGGAUAAUGAAUAUAUGCAUCACCCCAAAAGUGUCCUCACUCCCCUCCGGGGUCCCUGGAAUGACUGAUCUGCUUUGUCACUUAAUGAUUAAUUUGAGGGACUUCCCUGGUGGUCCAGUGGUUAAGACUCUGUGCUCCCAAUACAGGGGGCCCGGGUUCGAUCCCUGGUCAGGGAACUAAAUCUCGCAUGCCACAACUAAGAGAUCUUGCAUACCGCAACAAAUAUCCCGCACGCAGGAACCAAGAUCCCACGUGCCACAACUAAGACCUGGUGCAGCCAAAUAAAUAAAUAAAUAUUUUAAAAAUAAAUAAAAUUUGUCAACCUAACCCGUUUUAAGAAAAAAAAAUUAGUUUGAUUAGUUAUCUGCAAAUCAAUCAAUGUUAUACACCACGUUAACAAUUAGAAUAAAAAUCAUAUGAUCAUCUCAACAGAUGCAGAAAAAGCUUCUGACAAAACUCAACAUCCAUUUAUGAUAAAAACUCUCAAUGAAGUGUGCAUAGAGGGAACAUACCUCAACAUAAUAAAGGCCAUAUAUGACAAGCACAUGGCUGUCAUUGAAAAAUUAAUCAGUCAAUCUAAGAAAGAAAUGGAAGAUUUUAUUUGAGCCAAAUUGAGGAUUGUUACCUGGGAACAGCCUCAAGGAAAGCUCUGAGAACUGUUCUGCCCAUUAGAGGUCAAAGCACAGUUAUGUAAGUUUUUAAGACAGAGGCUGUACAUAAAUAACGUAUUGUUGACAGUUUAUACAAUGUAGUGAAUAGUGGGUCAUGGUUCAUCGUGGUCCCUUACAAGAUUAAGAAGGAAUGUUAUCUUUUAAGUUGCCUUGUUGGUGCUGGGAGAAUGUUGCUCUUUAUAUUCUGCUGAUUGGAAAAUGUAAUAUAAUGCAGGUGCACAAAGCACAGCAGAGAGGAGAGAGGAGGCCAAAGUGCAGAGAAAAUUUUUGAUGUUUAAAUUUUUCUUGACUUGUCAUAAAAUAUGAAUUUUAUUUCACACAGCUAACAUCAUACUCAAUGGUGAAAAGCUGAAAACAUUUCCUCUAAGAGCAGGAACAAGACAGGGAUGCCUAUUCUCACCACUUUUAUUCAACAUAGUAUUGGAAGUCUUAGUCACAGCAAAUCAGACAAGAGAAAGAAAUUCCUUUUAUCUAAAUUGGAAAGGAAGAAGUAAAAUUGUCACUGCUUGCAGAUAACAUGAUACUAUAUAUAGAAAAUCCCACAGAUACCACUAAAAAACGAUUAGAACCAAUACAUGAAUUCCAUAACUUGCACAAUACAAAAUUAAUAUAACAGAAAUCUGCUGCAUUUCUAUACACUAACAAUGAUAUAUCUGAUAAAGGGCUAAUAUCCAAAAUAUACAAAGAGCAUAUACAACUCAAUAUGAAAGAAAAAAACAAAUCAAAAAACAAAUUUAAAAAUGGGCAGAGGGGGACUUCCCUGGUGGCGCAGUGGUUGAGAGUCCACCUGCCAAUGCAGGGGACACGGGUUUGUACCCCGGUCUGGGAGGAUCCCACAUGCCGCGGAGUGGCUGGGCCCGUGAGCCAUGGCCGCUGAGCCUGCGCGUCUGGAGCCUGUGCUCCACGACAG